AUGGGAGGAGGCGGAGAGUCGACGCGUCGAAAAGGAUCCUCCCCCAAGUACGACAAGACGAUGAACGAGCGCGCGACCGAACCGUUCACGAACUCGUGGGGGGAGAAGCCGCGGUUCGGAUGGGAAGCCCCCGGCGGGAUCGAUCGCGCGGGCGACGGCCCGGAGGCGCACGUCCUGUUCGCCCCGGAGCGCGUCCACGAGGCGGCGUGCAAGGGAUUUCUCGACGAGGUGAUCUGGCUCCUGGACAAAGCGCCCGAGGACGGCGGCCGCGUCGGCGUCGAUCACCUCGACCCCGGCGGUCGAACGCCGUUACACUUCGCGUGCGGGUGGGGGCGCGAGGACAUCGUUCGCGCGCUCAUCGACCGCGGCGCGACGCUCGAGGUGAGAGACAUGUGGAAGAAAGCGCCCGUGGACUGGGCGCUGCAGGCGCGGCACGAUCGCGUGGUUGAAAUUUUACGCAUCGCCGCGGUGAUGCGCGGCGUGCACGGCGGGAAAGGCCGCGUCGCGCCGCUGUCGACGAUGACGGAGGUGGUGUCCGGGAAGACCGACGACGAGGUCGAGACGGACAUCAAGGAGUUCACGUGCGGCGUCUUCGAGGAGUACGCGAAGAGGGAUACGGUGCCGGAAGGGCACACGUUCGGCGGGAAGGUCGUGGACCCGUUCAAGGAGGAGGCGUGA